CUUCCUAAAUACACAUCACCAAAUGGCGGACGACGCCGGUGGUAGAGGAGGUUUUCGCGGAGGUUUCGGAGCUGGCGGCCGGGGCCGUGGUCGUGGACGGGGCAGGGGCCGUGGUCGUGGUCGUGGAGCCCGUGGCGGCAAAUCCGAGGACAAGGAAUGGGUGCCAGUGACCAAGCUCGGUCGUCUGGUAAAAGACAUGAAGAUAAAAUCUCUGGAGGAAAUCUACUUAUAUUCUCUGCCAAUCAAGGAGUCUGAGAUCAUUGAUUUCUUCUUGGGGUCAGCCCUGAAGGAUGAGGUGCUGAAGAUUAUGCCUGUCCAGAAACAGACAAGGGCUGGUCAGCGCACCAGGUUCAAGGCCUUUGUUGCCAUCGGUGACUACAAUGGCCACGUCGGUCUGGGAGUGAAGUGCUCUAAGGAGGUGGCCACUGCCAUCCGUGGAGCAAUCAUCCUGGCCAAGCUGUCGAUCAUUCCUGUCCGCCGAGGCUACUGGGGUAACAAGAUUGGCAAACCCCACACCGUACCCUGCAAGGUUACUGGCCGCUGUGGUUCAGUCUUGGUGCGUCUAAUCCCUGCACCCCGUGGUACUGGUAUUGUGUCUGCUCCUGUCCCCAAGAAGCUGCUCAUGAUGGCUGGUAUCGAUGACUGCUACACUUCAGCCAGAGGCUGCACUGCCACCCUGGGCAACUUUGCCAAGGCUACUUUUGAUGCCAUCUCCAAGACGUAUAGCUACCUGACUCCUGAUCUGUGGAAGGAAACGGUGUUCACAAAGUCUCCUUACCAGGAAUUCACUGAUCAUCUGGCCAAAACUCACACCAGGGUCUCUGUACAGAGGAGCCAGGCCGCUCUUCAGGCAGCCUCCUAAAUUUUGUAUGACGGGUUUGAAAUAAACUCAUGGAAACAAGCUUUA